UGUAACCGUGUGUUCUGCUCUGGAAUAAGGUCUUUGAGCGAUAAUUCUCAGUUCGAAUGGUACGCGUGCUAUGACCACCUCUCUGGUCCUGAAUCCUCGUUGGGCGGAUACUGUAAUGUUUGUAUAUGAGAACAAUUUGGAUGAGCUGAACAAGAACAUGGAAGGUCUCGUUGGCAGCAGUAAUUUUGCGGCCAACCAGUGCAGGAAUUUGAUAGCUCACUCAGCUCUGAGCGGUCAUCCUUCCAGCCUUGUGCAUGGUUCCAGCUAUCCCACCGUGGACGUAAGCACCUCGGGUUCAGGAGAAACGAGUAAGCAAUGCACACCGUGCGCAACAGUACCCCAGACAUCGUCCACGGGGCCUUUACCUUAUGGCUACUUUGGCAACAGUUAUUAUCCCUGCAGGAUGGGGCGGGGUUCACUUAAGACUUGCACGCAACCGAGCGCGCUUGGCUACUCUGCAGAGAAGUACAUGGACACCCCGGUCACAUCUGAAGAAUAUCCUGCCAGGGCCAAAGAGUUUGCCUUUUACCACGGCUAUCAUGGACCUUACCAGUCCAUGGCCAGCUAUUUGGACGUGUCCGUGGUACAGACACUAGGCGAGCCGCGGCACGAUAGUCUCCUUCCUAUGGACAGUUACCAACCAUGGACUCUGGCUAAUGGAUGGGGAAGUCAAAUGUACUGUUCAAAAGACCAGAGUCAAGCCGGUCAUCUGUGGAAAUCUGCAUUAGCAGAUGUCGUUGCCCACCAACACGAUGGGGGCUCUUUUCGCCGAGGUAGAAAGAAAAGGAUACCGUACACCAAAGUGCAGUUAAAGGAACUGGAGAAAGAGUAUGCAGCCAACAAAUUCAUCACGAAGGACAAAAGGAGAAAGAUUUCUGCCGUAACCAAUUUGUCCGAGAGGCAGAUCACAAUCUGGUUUCAGAACAGGAGGGUAAAGGAAAAGAAAUUUGUUGCCAAAGUUAAAAACACCGCUCCAUGAAGGGGAUUUGAGAAAUCAGACAUUUCUAUCUUUGAUUCAAAUGUAAAAAAGUCGACUCAAAAGGAUGAACUAGGAUAAGACAACAUCAAGUAUAAAGAAGACCAUAUCCCUGUAAAAAUGCUUGCCAAAAUAGAGCUUUGUUGGAAUAUUACAUACAAGCUAAUUGUUAGAAUUUUAAGCAUGUUAUUGUUGUUACUGCAGUACAAAUAUAGCUUAUUAAACUAUAUACGCAUUCAUAUUCUUUAUAACAUACGUAUCCGACACGCAGUAUAUUAAAUAUAUCUCUUUAUAUGUAUUCCAGUUAAAAUCGCAUUAAUCAUUUAAAGUAAUUUUAAUGUAAUGACUUUACUAACUUUCAUAAUGAAUUAAUUUGUAAAUUGUGCUAGUGGAUAUGCCAAAUGUUAUCCCGUAAACGUCCUAUUUACAUUCAUGUUAAUUCCAAACAAAUUACAGCUUGACUAUUGAAUCUUGCUGGGGUGCUUCAACAGUAAUGUCAAACUGUCAACUUGCGACGAAUUUAUGAGCACUUCUGUGUUUUUUCUUCUUUUUGUUGACAAUCGUAAACAUGGACUUACUUUUCUUUAUCAUACUCCAUAUUGUGAAUAUGAUAAAAAAAGAAUCACGCUUAUACUUUAU